CAUCUUACGUAAGUAAGAAAAUAAGUAAGCAAGUAAAUACGUAAGAAUAUUCAAACGCACGUGGCUAUUACCAAUAAACACAUUUGUUUUACUGUAUAUUCGUAAACCGAACGCAACUAUUUACAGCCGAGGGGGUCGCCAUUGCUAUCCCAGAAUGCAUUGGUGGGAAAGGGGGCGGAAGCCUAAACUUUAUUUACAGAUUGAUUUACAGAUCAUUGACGGCAUGAAAAGGAUGUACUAUUAGUAUUUAUACCUAAAAUACAAAUAAUUACUAAAAAAAUUCUUUUAAAAAAAACGGUACAAAACAGACAGUUAUAUAUUGACUCUUCAGGAACAUGGCGAUUGAACCACAACAUACCAUUGAGGAAAAACGGCAUCCGAAAAAACAUUUGAACUGCAAAUGGCCGGAAAGACAUAAUUUCUGGGUAGAAUCGUUGUGAUGUACCGAGACUUAAAAGCUCCAUAGGUACAAAUGGCACGAUUACCCAAUAAAAUAAUGGCAGUGAAAAGAGUUCUGCGUCCCAGUUUAAGUUAUUUGGUAUGCGCAAUGACGUUGCAAGGUUGAUGAUUUGAAGUCAUGUGAUCAUCAAGUGGUUGAUUUUGAUUGGCUCCCACUUCAUAUGCCACAAUUAGAUUGGCUAGCUGUGGAGGUUGCGCAUGAUGGUCAAAUAGCACAGAUGCCAUUGGUCUUUUCCCUUAUCUGCUGAUGUACAUUACGGAGGUGUUAUCCGGGUGUUUUUAGCUUUUUUUGCAAAUAUUUCAUCACUUUAUGUAGCUACCGCUCAAUUGACAUCUUGAUAUUGCACAUCUUGAACGUAACCCGUGGCUUUUAUCAACAACUGGGCAAAAGAAGCUUACUUUGACUCGCUACAGCCGUGACAGCUGCUCUUUAUCAUAUUAAAAUGGGUGAGGAAAUUAACAGUAACCCAGUUAACGCCGAUGAAAACUCCGCAAAUAAUACCGGCGAUGAAGAAAAAUUAAAAUCGCUUGAAGGUGAUGUAAAGUAUUACACAUUAGAAGAUAUUAGAGUUCAUAACAUGAGCACUGACACCUGGCUCAUCCUCCACGAUAAAGUUUACGACAUCACGAGUUUCAUCGAAGAGCAUCCAGGCGGUGAAGAGGUUUUGUUGGAGCAGGCAGGUUCAGAUGCAACAGAGAGCUUUGAGGAUGUAGGUCACUCUUCAGAUGCCAGAGAGAUGCUGCAGCAGUUCUACAUUGGGGAGCUUCACAUGGAUGAUAGAAGAAAUGAAAUUGCAAAGGACAUCCAUGUUAAAGAUUCACCAGAGUCAAGCUCCUGGGCCACAUGGUUGAUACCCGCCAUUGCUGCAACCGUCAUUGGUGUCUUAUAUCGCUUCUACGUUUCAUCUUGAGUCCUGACAUUCCAAUUUCACUUCAUCCUUUUUCUUUUCAUCCGGAGGCCUUGAAAGGUUUGACCAAAACCACCUCACACAGUUUACCCAUCGAGCCGUCUGUUUCCUUGGCUACAAGGCAGUUUGAUUAAAUGUUUGCAUCCUUGUCAGUCGCCAUCCAUCGAGUCCACCACACAGGCAGUCGGGUAGAAACUUUAUAACAUUGACUGCUUCCAGCUUUUUUAUUUCAUUGCCUUUUGUCGGUACUAGUAAAUUGUCUUAACUAUGCAUCUUUUUGUCAGUUCUUUAUCCACCCCAAUUGGAAAUGCCACACUGGAUAAAAAAACAUUAAGCUUGUUGUUUGGAUUGAAUUCUUGUCAUUUGACUGAAGAUGCAGUUUUUCUCAGCUCUAUUUCAGACUGUUAUGUUACUGCUACAUCAAGCAAAUGCAAAGCUAUGGUGUCAGACAGCACUUGAUUGCAUUUAUCACUCUUUGUUUAUGCAGAGCCUGCAGUCAUUGGCAUUACAUAUCAUUUUAAUUCUGCAGAAAAUAUUGGUAAAUUAUAUUGCAAAUCAAGGUAGAAUAGAAUGUUAGAUGUGUCUAUUGUUCUCUUAUUGGCAUUGUAUGUAUAACAAUAAAACAAUCUUUUACUAUUUCAAAAUUGAGCUGUAAAGGAUGUUGUGUUGUGUUGUUAAUUAAGCCAUAUUUUAUAAACAUGUCAUUUUUGGUGAUUGGUAAACCGGUAACUACCAAGUUAAAUAAAAGUGUGAUAUGCCAGCUGGGGGACCUAAAAGCAUUUUUAGACAUCAUCAGUUCUGCAUAGUGGGAUCACCCAUUAUAUUACAUUUUUGUGAUGCAUUUUAUUUAAUGCUAUACUACUUUAUAUCGCAUUGUCUGCUAUGCUGCAAUUGAAAAUCCAUUAUCUGCCAUCACAACAAAUUAACAACCAUUAAUUUGCUGCUUUAUUGACAUGCUUGUGAACAUAAUGCUUCAGGUGUCCACAUUUAUUGUCCUGACAGCUGCCACCCCAUGUUGUUAAAAGCCUGAUUGAAAUAAAUAUUUCGAAAACCUAAA